AUGAAUAUUCUGAUAUCGUCGCAGGAGAAGGGUAACAAAAUAUUCUCACAGCUUGACGGUAUAGCAGACACUGUGGACGGGUCACGAAAAGAAAAUGCGAUUACACGUCUAAAAAUUGACAGCAAUCCUUUUGCAAAGGGGUUUAGAGACUCAAUCAGGAUAUUGCCUGUGCAGAGUCCUUCCUAUUUAUUAUCUUUAGGCGCAGAUGAAGCCAAGAGGAAGAAACCCUGCGCCAGUGAAGAUACUCACGUGCCGGGUUGUACAUCUUCAAAGAGGCUUAGGUCUUGCGAGGAAAACGGUACCGAUGAUGCUCCUAAUGGGACUUGUUCUGCUUUAGAAGUCUCUGAAGAUAUAGAAACUAUUACAGCUACUUUAGAGAGUCGCGAUCUAUGGGAUCGCUUCAAUGAAUUGGGAACAGAAAUGAUCAUAACAAAGUCAGGAAGGAGAAUGUUUCCAACCCUUCGAAUAUCACUGAACGGUGUCAGCCUAGAUGCAAAUUACAUGGUCCUAAUGGAUAUAGUGCCUGUUGACGACAAACGCUAUAGAUACGCCUACCACCGUUCAACAUGGCUUGUGGCAGGUAAAGCUGAUCCACCAGCUCCUGUUAGACUUUAUAUGCAUCCAGACUCACCUUUUACAGGCGAGCAGCUGUUAAAGCAGAUCAUAUCAUUCGAGAAAGUGAAACUGACUAACAACGGCACUGAUGAAAAUGGGCAUGUAAGUGGCCAUUCAUAUAUGUGUAUAGUGUUGUACAAAGGUUUGUGAUAGAGAAUUAAAUUUAAUUUCCACGGCUCUUCUCUUUGUUAGAUUACGUGCAGGUUAAUGUAGGACAAAGUUACUGCAACUCGCUGGUGGGCCAACCCUCAAUCUCCGCCGGUUCCCUGCAACAGAUAACGGGCGGUGUUUCGAAAGCGGAUUGUCCUGUACUCGCUAGAAUUUUCAUCCUUUUAACUUCUCAGGCGAGAUUGAAAAAAUAACUCCAAAAAUAAUAAUAGCA